UACCAUUUUAAAUUCUGGUGUUGUAGCGUGAACGCGUUUCUCUGACGAAACGUUCAAUUACCGUUUCAUUUAUAUAUACAAUAUAUUUUUUAUUUGUUUCUGAACAAUUUUCUACUCUUCAUCAGUUCGAAUAAUAAUAAUAACGACGGCGCUUGCGAAUCCGUAAUUCGAAACAUCAAUUGAGGAUACAACACUUCAUGCAGAGUUUGAUUUUUGUAUUUAUUUCAUGUGAUUUAUCGUUUGGCUUCUAAAAGAUCUGCGACCGUUGAACGUUGAGGAUACAAUAGAAUUUGUGAUUUAACCUCUAAGUCUUAGGUGUAGAAAUCGAAGCCGUAAAAGGAUUUAGACCAAAAACAAAAACUCAACGACCCACAAAAGCCAGCUGAAUUCGCAACCGAAAUAAGCAACAAACAAACAUAAACAAUUAUAAAAAGUACAUACAAAUAUAGCAAAUAUGAAGAAUUUACUAAUAGUAGCAACAAGUGCGCUGUGUGUAUUAUUAGCAGUCGCAGUUCCGCUGCCCGAGCAAGAUGUUCAAAUUGUACAGAUUCCUCUAGAAGGCGAUAAGGAAUUAGAUAUUUUAUCACUGCCCGAGAAUGAAGGACAGCUGACGGACCGAAAUAAGCGAACAAUUGGAGUGCUCCGUCAACUAUUUCCCGAACUAUCAAAGAUGACAAGCAAUGCUAAUGGUGAUGUUGAUUUAGCCGCUUUAUCGGAACGUUUGGACUCAUUUAAUCGUGUGGUUCGUAAUACGGCGUCUCAGCAAAAAGAUCAACCGAUUGCCGAAAGCAAGUCGGAUAAAGGAGACGUUCCAAAUGCCAUAGCAACGGCCAUUGAGAAAGAAGACUCAAGCCCAGCAGCAUCGGACAAGUCUGAAUCCAAAUCACCAGCACUUGAUGAACUCUCACUUGAUGACGAGGAGAAUGGCACAAAAGACGACGAUCGCAAUAAACGAUUCUUAAGCUUUGGAUUUGGUGGAUCUGGUUCAAAUGGUUCCGGUGGUUCUGGCAAUUUCCUCUUCGAUAUCAUCCGUCGUACAGCUGAUCGGGCAGCUCGAGCUGCAGGGACAAUUUACCGCGUUGCCGCUGGUACCGAAUCGUUUGACCUAGAUAACAACAAACAGGCGACACGUUCAACAGGUGAUGACACGGACUUUGACCAUAACAACAAUGACGACAACGACUCCACGUCACGCAAAUUAAGCGCUGGAAAUGAUAACGGGCUAGUAGGGGGUUCGGCCGGCACGGAACAAACAGACGAAAGAGAGAAUGCACCAGAAGGUGAAGCUACCAUUGCCAAGAAUGCCGAUGGUUAUACAGAAGGUAUUCCCGGCCCAGUAACACGUCUCUUUGUAUUGGCCAAUCGAGGACUUGCUAAUCUUAUUCAAGAUUUGAUUCUGCGAAUUGCUCAAACAAGUGAACGAGUUGUGAACUUCAAAGCUCGAUUAAUAACAUCGUUGAUCUAAGAAAAUUGCCAAAAAAAAACACAACAGAAAACCACGACGCCGUUACAUCGACAUACACAUGACGAAUUUAUUUUCAUGGAUCACCAUAGCGAAAUUCAACCAAUGAGAACAGAAAUCUAGAGAAACAACAUAAGCCACACAAAAAAUCAUUGCCAUCCACGGAUGUGCAUGACCAUUACAAUCAUAUUUUGGAACGGAGACAAACAAAAAUACCAUAAACACAAAAGGAGAAAAAAAACCAUCUGUGCGAAGAAUUUGUUAAGACAUUUCAUAAUUUAUUGAAUAUUUAAAGUUAAAAAAAAUUGAAAAAAAAAAAACUUCUUUUAUACCUGUUCUAUCGAGUCGAACGUUUCGCUUGCUAUCUCUAAAUUCUUCAAUUAAUUUAUUUCAAUUGUCAUGCUUUGCUCUUCGCUUUGUAUGCUUUAAUACAACAAAUGCAUAAAAUGUGACCCCCGGCUCAUUCUGAUUUCGGCGAACAAAAAAAAAAAAAAAAAAAAAAACAAAUAUCGAUGCAAAAAUUCGAAAGCAACAAAAUUUACACGGAGCGGUCGCAUUUUCUAUCAACACCCAACAGCAACACUGGCUACAAUUUUUUUAAUAUACCCAUCUUUCUUUUCAUAUUUCUUUCCCUUUUUUGGUGACUAAUGACGCUAUCCUCUGUAACAAACAAGUAUUUCUGCAGAUUUUCUGUAGUUUGGAGUAAAAUUUUGAAGGCAGACAAAAACACAAUAGAUUUGAACGAAUACCCAUCAAUAGAAAAAACAAAAUUUGUGUUCUUUAUUAACAUUAGCUCUAAAUAAAUACCUAUCAUUUGACUGUGUUUUGUAAGUUUUGUAGUUAGAGAGAACCAUUGGAUUGAGAUGAUAUUGUAUUUUUUUUUUAGUUGGAAACAUACACUUUCUUUCGAUAUAAAAAGACCGUAAUUUUAGAUAGUUAGAUUUGUGGUUUGGGUAGUGAAACAUAUUUCAUUCAAAAAAAAAAAAAAAAA